GCCGGGGCGGAGCGUUUCUGCAGGCAUUGCCUGGGGCUGGUUCGUCCGGUGCGGUGAGACGCGAACGGGCGAGUGCACGGGAUUGUUCUCUCCGAGGGGCCUGAAGAGAAAAGAGUUAGCCAUGUCGUCCUUAAUCAGAAAGGUGAUCAGCACCACGAAAGCCCCAGCGGCCAUUGGUCCCUACAGUCAAGCUGUGUUAGUCGACAGGACCCUUUACAUCUCAGGACAGCUGGGCCUGGACCCUUCCAGUGGACAGCUUGUGCCAGGAGGGGUGAAAGAAGAAGCUAAACAAGCUCUUACCAACAUAGGUGAAAUCCUGAAAGCUGCAGGCUGCGACUUCAGUAAUGUGGUCAAAACAACUGUUUUGCUGGCUGACAUAAAUGACUUCAGUACUGUCAAUGAUAUCUACAAACAGUAUUUCAAGAGCCAUUUUCCCGCGAGAGCUGCUUACCAGGUUGCUGCUUUGCCUAGAGGAGGCCGUGUUGAGAUUGAAGCCGUAGCUGUCCAAGGCCCUCUCACAUCAGCAUGACUAUAAGUGGGCCCGAGGUUAUUGAGUCUGGAAUUCUAAUAAUUUUUGUGAAUUAACAUCUUAAUUUUUACAAUCGAUGUUGGAAAGUAUAAGACUGACUAAAAUAUCUGAAGUAUUAUGGAAAUACCAUAUAAUAAGGGCAAUUGAACAUGAAUUGAAAAUGAGGUGAUGAAUCCGGUUAGUGAUAUAAAUUUCAUUUAUGCACACUCAUAAGUGAGAAAAAAAGAGUAUAGCUAAUUCAGUUAAAUCCUUUUAAUUUAAUGUUGUGAAAUAGUCAAUUCUCAUGUCAGAUAUAUGAUUCUGCUUUUACUUGAGUAAAAUUAAAAAUUUAAGUUUGAAUGGUAGACAUAAAGGAGAAGAAAGUGGACCAAAAUUCUAUAUAGCUAAUAUUUUUCUAAUGGAAAUAAAGUAGACAUGCAGAUUUUC